GUCCCUGUUUCGGUUGCUAGGGGAGAGAGACGGUCCAUAGCAACGCUUUACGCAAACUCCACACUCCAGAGAAAGAGAGAGAGAGAGAAACGCGAGUCAGCACUCAACGCACAACGUUGUAAAGAUACAGACAUCGAGUCGAGCGCUUCUGGAAACUUUAAACUGACGUCUCAGAGGAUUUUGUCCGAUUUAGGAGCACACAAAGCGGAGUUACAGCUUGCUAUCAUCAGUUCGGUUCACAUUGCCGCCGGCCAGGUCAAAGAGAGACCGGGAUCCACAGACCGGGCAACCGGACAAGAGCUGUGUGUGUCGGCAGAGAGAGAGAGAGAGACGCUCAGCACCACGGUUCACACAAACAGACCGAAACGCUUAGUUUCUGACUGUAAUGUGAGUCAUUUAAUGCUUUUAACAAACUAUAUACUUUAAUAUAAUUAAAAAAAUAACUAAUUAGCUGUGCACGGUAUGUAGAAAUUAAUAUACGAACAUUGGCAUCUACUUUGACACUCAUCUGUUAACUUUGAGUUUACAUUACAGAGACAAAAUUAAACUUUCUUCCUGUUACAGUUAUACUUAUUUUUACAACUACUACUACUACUAUUAUUACUACUACUAUUACUAUUAUUACUAUUACUAUUAUUAUUAUUAUCUGUUCUAUAGCAUAUAGUAUUUUAAUUAAAGCAAUCCACACAAACACUCAGAAUAUGGCUCCUUGCUGGUAUCACUGCCGUGUUUGCUGACGUUGGACCUCGUUGUACUCGGACUGAGGGGAAGCCGCCUAUAGUUAGGGCAUCAUGUGUCGCUGUGCUGGCUCUGUCACUGCCGGGUCAAUCCUACUGAGUGAAACUGACACGGGGAGGGGGGGCCAGCCCCACAGACCGCCUCACCCUCUUACCCCGUCCUGAAACACUCUCUCACGACACACACAGACAAGCGCCGGGCUAGCCGGCCGAGGGUAUGGGCAACUCAUCCCAAAAAGAGGCCCAGGACGAAGGAGGAGAGGAAAAGGAGAAAAAGGUUAAAGAGAAGGGAGAUGAAGGUGAGGAAGAGGAGGAAGCGGCUGAAAAAGAAGAAGAAGAAGAAGAAGAGGAGGUCCUGGAGGACGAGGAGCUGCCGCUUGGAGUAGACGAUCUCUUGGCGAGUGGAGAUCCGGUGUUGGAUCUGAGCUACUACAAGUUCCGUCGCCUUCCUCGUCAAGUCCUAGAUCUGGAGUACUUGGAGAAGCUCUACGUCUGUGGAAACCGUCUCCGCAACAUUCCUAAGGGUAUCACGCGGCUGCAGGGUUUGCGUACCCUGGCGCUCGACUUCAAUAAACUUGAUGACGUUCCUCUCUCGGUGUGCAAGUUGACUAAUCUCACGUGUCUUUACCUGGGAAGCAACCGGCUGGUGAGCCUCCCACCGGAAGUGAGCAACCUGCAGAACUUACGUUGCCUCUGGGUGGAGAGCAACUACUUCCAGCGAUUCCCCAAGCAGUUGUACGACCUUCCCAAUUUGCGCUCACUGCAGAUUGGGGACAACCGCCUGCGCACCCUUCCCUCGGACCUAUGCCGCAUGGAGUCCCUGAGAGGGCUCUGGCUGUACGGUAACCGCUUUCAGGAGUUUCCGCGAGUGCUCCUCAAGAUGGAGCAGCUGGAGAUUCUGGACAUGGACCGCAAUCGGAUAUCAGAGUUCCCAAACUUGCAUCAUCUACCGGCGCUGCGACUCUUCUCCUAUGACCACAACCCUGUGAAGGAGCCACCGCGUGUAGGGGAGGAGGUGCUUAUCGUCGGGGAGGGGGCUGAGGAGGUGUUGCAGGCUAGAGAGAGAAGGAGAGAGGCAAAAGAACGAGCGGAAAAAGAAGCAGAGGAGGCGGCGGCUGCGGCGGCGGCAGCAGCAAGUCCGGUCAUUCACGGAAUACUCAAGAAACUCCGGAUGAACUCCGCCCUUAACUUGGCAGCUGCUAAGGGGAAGGAAAUAAAUGAGCCGGAUCCAUCAACAACCCCAACUGGGGAUGAGAACGAACCACAAAAUAAUGAUGAAGGGGCGGAGUCUGAGAGACAAGGUGUGGCGUUUGAGGAGGCGGAGCUUGGUUAUGAUGAUGAUGGUCUGGAAUAUGAAAGGGAGGAGCUAAUCUACGAGGGGGAGGUGUAUGAAGGCUACGAGGGGGCGGAGUUAGAGUAUGAGAGAGCUGAAAUGGACUAUGAAUAUGAAGGGGAGGAGCAAGAACAACCUUGAUACUUGCACCUGUUAGUCUAAUUAUUAUAUCUGAAGUGUGUAAUUUCUGCAAACAGAAUUGCAGAUUGUUUAGCAACCAACAGUCAUUAAUUCAUUUAUGCAGAUGCUACACACUUCUGCUUUAAGCAUCUGAGGUGUUACUGCAAGGGUUGCAGGUUCAAUCCCAAGGGUGAACUGGAGAGUAACAAUGAGUUAUUGGAGCCCAGAAAAUGGUCCUUUAGUAACCCCAUGAUACUUUAUGGGGUUAUUAAAGCGACUUCAAGUCGCUCUAAUAAAAAGCAUCUGCUAACAUUAACAUUAAAUUAUGUCUGAUUGGUUGGAAAUUUGAAUGAAAGGUCAAGUUUUUAAAAAGAAAUGUUAUACCCAAAAAUGUUAAAUCUGAUAUAAUUUGCUCAUUCUCAUGUUGUUAAAUACUGCGUGAAACACAAAAUAAGAUAUUUUAAUGAACAGUUUUUCCCUAACACAAUGAAAGUCAAUGGGAUCCAGAACUACAAUGGUCCCCAUUGAUUUUCAUUGUAAAGACAAAAUACAUUGUAAAAU